AUGGAUCUUAAUGAAAACCAGCCCGAUACCACCGAAAAUUCUGAUGUUCAUGAAAAUUCGGUGAGAGAAGGCCCCCUUGUUGUCGAAACACUUACUGUUGUUGAAGACGAAGAUGCUACUAAUGAUCAAGCCGAAAAUUCUGCUACAGUUGAUCAUUUUGAAAAUGAUACUGUAGUCGAAGCAUCUAUUCUUAGCGAAUAUGGUUUUCCCUUUGGUCCUUUUGAAUUUUCAGAAAACGAUGAACCUCUUUUAGACCAAAAUAUUGAAGAAAGUGAAUUUCUUUUGGGCCCGUAUAACUUUCAAGGAAUAUAUGAUCCCAUAUUAAACCAACACAUCAGA